CUUGGUUAUUUUAAUUUUCGAACGACUAAUGAUGGUGACGCAAUCUCUCACACUGUCUUAACUCCUAUAUAAAUUGCGACGCGUCUUCUUUCAAUUCUCAUCCUCUGAUUUCUUCUACUCCUUCCCCUCAGAUCUCUCUCCCUCCUUUCGUUCUCAACCUCUCCUUAACUAAGGUUGCUAAGAAAAAAUGGUGAAGAUUUGCUGUAUUGGAGCUGGCUAUGUUGGUGGUCCAACAAUGGCUGUGAUUGCUUUGAAGUGUCCUGAGAUUGAGGUAGCUGUGGUGGACAUUGCGGCGCCGAGAAUCAAUGCUUGGAACAGUGAGCAUCUACCAAUAUAUGAGCCUGGUCUUGAUGAUGUGGUGAAGGAGUGCAGAGGAAGGAACCUUUUCUUCAGCACUGAUGUUGAGAAGCAUGUUGCUGAGGCUGAUAUCGUCUUUGUUUCGGUGAAUACUCCUACAAAGACUCAAGGUCUUGGAGCUGGCAAAGCAGCUGAUCUUACUUACUGGGAGAGUGCUGCUAGGAUGAUUGCUGAUGUUUCAAAAUCUGAUAAAAUUGUUGUUGAGAAGUCGACUGUUCCGGUUAAGACAGCCGAGGCAAUUGAGAGGAUUUUGACUCACAAUAGGAAGGGUAUUAAUUUCACAAUUUUGUCUAACCCUGAGUUUCUUGCAGAGGGUACAGCUAUCAAAGAUUUGUAUAAUCCGGAUCGUGUUCUUAUCGGAGGUAGGGAAACUCCUGAAGGUCAAAAGGCUAUCCAUACUUUGAGAGAUGUUUAUGCUCAUUGGGUCCCUUUGGAUCGAAUCCUUUGCACCAAUUUGUGGUCUGCUGAACUCUCGAAGCUUGCCGCCAAUGCUUUUUUGGCACAGAGAAUCUCCUCUGUGAACGCCAUGUCCGCGCUAUGCGAGGCAACCGGUGCUGAUGUUGCUCAGGUUUCUCACUCGAUCGGAACUGAUUCGAGAGUUGGACCGAAGUUCUUGAAUGCUAGUGUUGGUUUUGGUGGAUCGUGCUUUCAGAAGGAUAUUCUGAACUUGGUCUAUAUCUGCGAGUGCAAUGGCCUUCCCGAGGUUGCUAACUACUGGAAACAGGUCAUUAAGGUGAAUGACUACCAGAAAUCUCGAUUCGUGAACCGGGUUGUUUCUUCCAUGUUCAACACGGUGUCAGGAAAAAAGAUUGCUGUUUUGGGAUUUGCUUUCAAGAAGGACACCGGCGACACUAGGGAAACUCCUGCGAUCGAUGUGUGCAAGGGUUUAUUGGGAGACAAGGCUAAAUUGAGCAUAUAUGAUCCUCAAGUUUCUGAAGAGCAAAUCUUGAAGGAUUUGGCAAUGAAGAAAUUUGAUUGGGAUCACCCUGCUCAUCUUCAACCAACAAGCCCAACAACUUCCAACAAACAAGUUUCUGUGGUUUGGGACGCGUAUGAGGCGUUGAAGGACUCACAUGGUAUUUGCAUUAUGACCGAAUGGGACGAGUUCAAGAACCUUGAUUACCAAAGAGUUUUCGACAACAUGCAGAAGCCUGCAUUUAUCUUUGAUGGAAGGAAUGUUGUGGAUGUUAAAAAGCUGAGGGAAAUUGGUUUCAUUGUUUAUUCCAUUGGAAAACCACUAGAUGCUUGGCUCAAGGACAUGCCUGCAGUGGCUUAAACAAGAGAAAAAUCACAAGAUGGAUUUGCAUUUAGGGAUGAAUUUGUUGGUAUUUUUCAGAAAGGAAGAUGCAUUGCUAUUAUUCUUAUAGUUUAGAUAUAUUUCUGUUGCUGUUAUUUUCUUUCUUUCAUGUUACUUUGAUUUUGAUGAGAUUUUGGUGGCAAGUUAGAGCUAAAGCCCAAAUAUUACUAUUGUCUCUUUAGCUAACUAAAUAUCCUUAUUUUUCGACAUGGUUUAAUGUAAUAAAUUGAUGGUGAAGGAAAUUUUAUAAAUGAAUAUCAUUUCUUUUA